UUUGCCAAUCACAUCGGAAUGAGAUUUUCUUGGCCCAUGGCGACACUCCUCUCGGCUUUGAGAUGAUUCUUACCUGGAUCUAAUGUUGAAACAAUUACUGGAUGCACAGAUAAGGACAUGUUUGGGUUAGUAAUGACGUGCUCCAGAAGUUUCCAUGUGCCCCAGCAGGGUUACCGGUAAUGUUACUGGAGUCAAAUGUCAACACAUCGGUUACAUUGAAUUGAUUUGACCAGCUCUCAACAGGAUGGGAAAGCUCAGCAUAUCCUGCCUUUUCCCUGCCUCCUGGCACUUCAGCAUAUCACCAGUGGUUCUCCCCCGGCUCCUCCUUCCUUCAUUCAGACAGCUGAUCUUCCUGAGCUUGUUGGCUGGGCUUCUGGGUCUCCUUUACCUGCUGCUGGUCACAGGGAAGGGCCAGUACAGCUGGGUGAGGGAGGAUUCCCACAUUCACAGACAUUUGGCCAGAGUGACGGAUUUAGAGGUCACAGACACCAGCAACCCAAACCUUAACUACGGGCUGGUGAUUGACUGUGGAAGCAGCGGUUCACGGGUGUUUGUCUAUUGCUGGCCGCGGCACAACGGCAACCCACACGACCUGCUAGACAUCCGUCAGAUGAGAGACCAGCAUAGGAAGCCUGUGGUCAUGAAGAUUAAACCAGGUAUCUCUGAACUUGCUACCACACCAGAGAAGGCCAGUGACUACAUUUAUCCUUUACUCAGCUUUGCGGCACAACACAUCCCAAAGUUUAAGCAUCAGGAGACGCCUCUGUACAUCCUCUGCACCGCGGGAAUGAGAGUGCUGCCUGAGAGUCAGCAGGAGGCGAUCUUGGAGGAUCUGCGGACGGACAUCCCUGUGCAUUUUAACUUCCUGUUCUCAGACUCCCAUGUCGAGGUCAUCUCUGGGAAACAGGAGGGUGUGUAUGCAUGGAUUGGGAUUAACUUUGUUCUUGGAAGAUUCAAUCAUGGAGAUCAUGAUGGUGAGGCAGUGGUGGAGGUGCAGGUCCCAGGGGGUGACCAGCAGGAGGCGAUGGUGCGCAAGCGGACGGCAGGCGUGCUGGACAUGGGCGGCGUCUCCACGCAGAUCGCAUUCGAAGUGCCCAAAAGUGUAAGCUUUGCUUCUCCACAACAGGAGGAGAUGGCAAAGAACCUGCUGGCAGAGUUUAACCUGGGCUGCGAUGCCCACCGCACAGAGCACGUCUACCGUGUCUAUGUGUCCACUUUCCUGGGCUACGGCGGCAACGCGGCCCGCCAGAGAUACGAGGAGAGCAUGGUCAGCAAGACCGCUGUCCAGAACAAGCGUCUGGACCAGCAUGUGGGGGAGUCUGUAGACACUCCAGUCCUGGACCCGUGUCUUCCCAACGACCUGCAGGACGAAGUGGGUCCCACAGGGCAGAGGAUCCACAUCCGCGGCACGGGCGACUUCGACUCGUGCCGUCUGCUCCUGCAGCCGUUCCUCAACCGCACCAACGAGACGCACACCUCCCUCAAUGGCAUCUACCAGCCGGCCAUCGACUUCCGGAACAGCCAGUUCUACGGCUUCUCCGAGUUCUACUACUGUACCGAGGACGUGCUGCGCAUGGGCGGUGACUACAACUCCACAAAGUACACCAACGCUGCAAAGAACUACUGUGCCACCCAGUGGAGAACGUUGAAGGAGCGCUUUGACCGCGGUCUCUACGCCUCCCAUGCUGACUUGCACAGGCUUAAGUACCAGUGUUUCAAAUCCGCGUGGAUGCAUGAAGUUUUCCACACUGGCUUUGCCUUCCCCCCGAAUUACGACAACCUGAAGACCGCGCUGCUGGUCUAUGACAAAGAGGUGCAGUGGACACUGGGAGCCAUCCUCUACAGGACACGUUUCCUGCCUCUAAGGGACAUCCAGCAGGAGAGCCUGAAGGGGACGCACUCCCACUGGCGGCCCAGCUUCCCGUACGUCAACACGCACUACCUGUUCCUGGCCUGCUUCUUCGUGGUGCUGCUCUCCAUCCUGCUCUACCUGCUGCGGCUGAGGCGCAUCCACCGCCGCGCCGUCUCGCUCCACCGCGGAGCCUCCUCCUCUAUGCAGUGGUUGGAAGAAGGCUUGGACUCCCCUGACGUCCUCGUCACGCUAUAGGCUGGAGGUCUGCCUGUCUUAGGUUUGGCACCCGCCCCCACCCCCCCACCCCCACUCCUGACAUCACCCUGGCAGGGCCCUUAUUGGCCAGUACACAUGAAGGUCGCCUUUUUAGACUGCUGAAAAGAUGGCAAUAAUCACGCUGACUUCACAUAAGACUUGACGAGACUGUUCGGAGUUCGGACUGAGAGCUCGGCCUCAGGUGAAGUUUCUGUGCUGCUGCGGCGCCCAACACAAAAAAAAAAAAUGACUGUUAACUUCACCGAGCUGCGAUUUGAGAGGACAUUUUGAGUGCUAUGAGCCGUUUCAGUCUAGCUUUGAAAUUAUCAUGUGUUUCAGUGUUAAUUUAUUUUUGAUAUCUUUGUUUUUGUUGGUUUUUUUUUCCCUCUAAGUUUUAUUAUCCUUUUUUUUUUUUUUUUUAAAUGACCAUUAGCAAUGUGAACAGUUUUGUACGUGCACACUCUGCGGCCCGGCGAGAUUUGUUUCCACACUCCUUGAAGUUCCUUCGUGAUUUAGAUGGAGCUGGACCUUCAUGCCAUCCGGCCUCUGUCUGUUUUGACCGUGCCAAAAAAGAAGGGCACCCUUCCUCUCCCCACUCCUCAUGGACACCCACUCAUCCAAGUUGAUUAAAUCACACACACAUGCACGACUUGACGAUAUUGUUUCCAGUGGCACAUUCCUUAGUCAGAUAGGCAACUUUAUCAUGUACCGAGUUGCCCUCUUCGUGUCGGGUGAGACCUGACUCCGAAGCCUUUGUAAGCAUGGCUUCUACCAUAAGAAGACAGAAAUUGAUUUUGCUACUGGGCAGUCCUGUUGAAAGACAUACUGGUGUCACUCUCAACUUAACAGAAUGUUAAAUAGUUUUGUGGUACCCCUCAAUAGAUGGUACUUCCUUGAAAAAUGCCUCUGAUUUUACUGUUGGUAAAUAUUUCUGACUCUAGGGUUAUGGGAUAUCUGCGCAUCAAAAUGAUACCAGUGUUUCUGUAUACGAUAGAGGCUAAAAAUCCAGUGCAGAAUAGUUCAGAGUAUAGAUCCCAAGGCAUAGACCAAUGACUGGUGUGUGUGUGUGUGUGUGUGUAUGUGUGUGUGUGUGUAUGUAAGGGAAGAAUGAUUUAUUGGACCUUUUUGUUUUGAUUUCAUGUAGUAAACUAUGGGGGCUAUGACUCAUAGAGCAGGCAUAUGAUUUGUACUUCCAUAUCCAUUGUCUGGCUUCUAGUGUUUCAGCGAUGUUAUGAUUAGUGCAUUCUGAUUUCAAUAGACCACAAAUUUAGGGACCACAUUGCAUCCCAGUUAUACAUCUUGGAAAAACUGCUUGUGUCAAAACCCAUCAGAUAACGGCGAUAUUAGCACUGCAUCCUGUAGUGUAUUCCCUGACACUGCCAUGGCAUGUAGUGUUGUAUAGAUUUCAAUAGGCUGUGCAUCCAUGAUUCAUAAUACCCCUUGUACUUUUCUCUUGGGUUUCCUAAAAUGGUUUAAAGAUAUCUGCAGCAGCUCAAUAGGUACACUAUAUUUGAAUAACGAAAUCGUGCAAUAUUUUUUUUCCACAAUGUCUUAUCACGUGUCGAGGUGUGACCCAGAUGGAGUCCUGGCACCGGUCCUGUAUUUUUGAGGAGUCCAGUCUGCUGAAAAUGAUCCACAUGUCUUUGAGUCUGUGUGGAUCUGUCACUCUGAAUCCUGUGUAUGUGUCCGUGUGUGUAAAUGCUUGUGUGCGUGCGAGUGUGUGUUUUUAUUCAUUUGAGGCUUCUUUUUCUGAAGCCGUGUUCACUGCUGUAUGAAAAAAUGAUUGUGAAAGCACAGACGGCAUAUUUAUAAAUUAUGUUCAGGAAAGAAAUCUGUUUGCACGGAAAAGUUCAACAAUCUUGUCUGAUAUUAAAAACAAACAUUGAAGUC